AUGCCAUCCCAAAGCAAGAAGACGAAGCCGACACCGGCCCCGCCAUCCCUUCUCGACCACGACACAUUGAGCACCGUCGCCCGUUCCGGGUCGCCACCGAGGUCUACAAAGAAAAACAAGAACCGGAAGGGGGGCCACGGCAAGAAGAACGGUGGCCCCAGGACUUCGGAUGUUGGGUUCGAGGUGGCUCACAUGGGGGGCCAGUUCGAUGACUGA